ACUAGCGGUGCGUCUAAUUGCGGGAAAAAUUAACACCUUCCGUCCGCGAGAGAUUCGCUUUUUUUUCGGGCGCGAUGACGUACGCGACGAGGCCGGUCGCACUUUCGACUCCACGCGGUAUAAACCAGAGUAUCCGACGAAGUCGUUAGUGUUGUAAAGGUCUUCUUGUGCUGUAUUAACAUUACUUUCACUAGUUAGCUAGACGGUAGCGGCGGCGGCGGCCACAGGUGAGCUGAAAUGAUACCCAAAUGUAGUACCUGUGGCUCAUCGAAAUAGGUACUCAUAGUUUAUAGUGUUAUUAGUGUCGCGGUGGCGGACGUCUACACCUGCUUGGACUUCCUGGACGUAUUCCGGUUAAAUCGUAAUUACGCAAUAAAAAACUGAUCCGACCACAAGACGCGUGUGUGAUGUAAGCAAGACUAUAAAAAAAAGAGUUGAUAGUAGAGAUUUACUUUUAAUUCCACCGCGGUCGCCCAACUAUGCGUGUGCUAUCGUAUUUAUUGGCGAUUUUAUCGUCGACUUUUGCUAUGGACAAUCUGCGCGUCGCGUUCGAGUGGAAGCAGGUCGAUUUCGAGUACCCCUCCAGUGAGGCAAGACAGGAGGCGAUCGAUAAUCGGGAUUUCGUGCCCGAAAACAAUCUACCUUUGGGACUGGAAGUGCAUGGAGAUCGGCUUUUUAUUACGCUACCGAGGUGGAAAUCCGGAGUAGCCGCCUCAUUGACCUACAUCAAACUGACAGAUCCUUCGGAUUCGCCAAAGCUCCGUCCGUACCCCAACUGGGAGGCGCACAAACUUUCACAAACCGAAGGCAGCGAUCCGCCCGAGAUUGUUUCGCCGUUUCGCAUCAGGGCGGAUCAGUGCGGGAGACUUUGGGUGUUGGAUACCGGAGUCGUCGACGCCUUGGGCGAUAUACGCUUCUACGCGGCGCAGUUACUCAUCUACGACCUGCACAAUGACGCCCUGCUGAGGCGCUACAUGAUACCAAAGGACCAGUACACCACCGACAGUCUUUUGGGGAACAUCGCCGUCGAAGACGAAAACUGCCAGGAUGCGUACGCGUACCUGGCCGAUCUGGGCGACGCCGGUUUGAUCGUGUACUCGUGGGCGAAUCAAACGUCGUGGCUGGUGAAGCACCACUACUUUAACAUGGACCCGAUGGCCGGCAAUUUCAACGUCGCUGGUUUGCAGUUCAGCUGGAGCGAUGGGAUUCUGGGCGUCGCGCUGUCUGCGCCCGACGCCGAGGGUUACAGUACGCUUUACUUCCAUUGCCUCACGGGCGUGCACCAGUUUUCGAUCAACACAAAAUUUUUGCGCAACCCCACUCUGGCCCAGAACAGCUUUAAGGAGUUCAAAGUGUUGGGUAGCCGAGGGCCCAGGGGUCAAAGUAACGUUUCAUUCCUCGACAAGAAAACGGGCGUCCUGUUUUACGCUUUGGUCAGCUUGAACGCCAUCGCCUGCUGGAAAACAACCAACCCCUCGUACACCAUGGAAUCACAAGGGCGAGUCUACAUGAGCAACGUCACCAUGGUCUUCCCGAACGACAUCAAGGUAGACGCCAACAACAACCUUUGGGUUCUCUCCGAUCGCUUGCCAAUUUUCAUGUACUCCAGACUGAACCAAAGCGAUGUCAAUUUCAGAAUACUCACCUCGCCGGUUGCGGAUGCCAUUCGCAACACGUCAUGCGACUCAAAAUUAGUAAUCUCCCCGGAACUGACCAACAGGAUUAAGCUCAACAUGCAGACCUCAACGACGGAAGCUCCGACAACGAAAGGAAACAGUUCCGAAAGUGUAACACUAACGCUUGCCCUUCUUUUGGCGGCUUUCUUCUCCGUAAGACUUAUUUAAUUGCAGUAUUGUCGUUAUACGAUUUAAUUUAAUGCGGCAUGUUAUUAUUAAUACUCCUAGUGCCAUUGAAUUCGCCGACGACAUUGACCAGAUUUGAUACGUCACAAUUUCGUCAACUUAGUGAAUGUAGUCGUCCCUAUCCUUAAUGGUAACAAGGUCUAGCGCCAUAUUAUCAAUCUAGUAUUUGUUUAUGUUUAGUAAUAAUGAUAAUAAUUUAUAAUUACGUCUGUCUAGCGAAUAAAAAUGCCAAAAAACUUACUCACCUGUACAUAUUGUGUUACCAGAUAUUACUUAAUUUAAUUAUAGUGUAAGGAUAAUUAUUACUUUUAUCGUCUUGUUUGUAUAUUUUGUUUUAUGUCUUGUAAUAAAUUACUUACUUGAA